AUGAUGGCGUGCGUACACAUAGCUUCGGCUGAUCUCAGCCCACCUACUGUGAACCAGUCUGUUUACCGUGAGGACUGUACACAAUGUUUUGACUCCAUAGACAACGAUGCAGGGCUAAACGUCUGUCUUCACUGCUUUAACGGAGGCUGCGCUGGGGAGAGGGGACAUGGCGCUUUACACACUCGUCGUCAUGGCCACCCUCUGGCGUUGAAUAUCAAGAGAACGAGAAAGCAGGUAGAGCGUGCCGAACCACCGGUCAAGAUGUCGAAGCUCGCUAUCGAAGCAAGCUCUGAGGAUGAUCAGUACGACGUUGCCACGAAGGUGGUGUGCCUCGAAUGCGGUGUUGACAAAGUAGAGGAGUGCUCGCCCAAGGUAUUGGAGGUUGUCGAUAAGCUGAUGCAAGCUCCUACGUUCUCUCGAAAGGAAGAAGUCAAGGCAUGGGAGCAGGAGCUCACUCCCUGCGAGCAUACCUUAACUUUAGAACAAGGUUCAAACCAAGGAAUCAGGAUUAGAGAACCCUCCAAAUGUUACGGAUGUGACCUACAGGAGAAUCUCUGGCUUUGCCUUGAAUGUGGCACUGUUGGUUGCGGUCGAGCCCAAUUUGGCGGGGUAGGUGGUAACUCUCAUGCUCUCGCCCACUCGACCGAGAAAUCGCAUAGUGUCGCCGUCAAACUUCGAUCUAUAACCCCUGAAGGUUCGGCAGAUAUUUACUGCUAUACUUGCAACGAUGAGAAGACUGACCCGGAGUUGGCCCAACAUAUUUCACACUGGGGACUCAACAUCGCAGAACAGGAAAAAACGGAGAAAAGCCUAACGGAGCUACAAAUCGAACAGAACCUCAAAUGGGACUUCUCAAUGACAUCUGAUGACGGAAAGGUGUUGAACCCGGUGUUCGGCCCAGAACUUACCGGUCUCAAGAAUCUUGGAAACAGCUGCUACAUGGCCAGCGUCCUGCAGUGCUUAUUCUCGUUGCCAGAGUUUAAGAACCGUUAUUUCAAGCCCAACGAGGAGCCACCAACUUCCCCUACCCCAGCCGAGGAUCUAGAGACUCAGCUGAGGAAAAUUGCAGAUGGCCUCCUUUCAGGGCGCUAUUCUGUGCCUGACGCGGCCGGCGGUAGUAACUCUGAUGUGGUUUACCAGCACGGAAUCUCGCCAUCAAUGUUUAAACAUCUUAUUGGGAGAGGCCACCCCGAAUUUUCAACGAUGCGUCAACAAGAUGCAUUCGAGCUACUCUUGCAUCUCUUCAAGAUUAUCAGUGUUUCCCCUCAUUCUACUCAGACGCCAAACCCAGUGGAGUCAUUCCGUUUCGCUGUCGAACAACGAUUGCAGUGUACGUCAUGCCGCAAAGUCCGGUAUAAAGUUGACGAGCAAGAUAACAUCUCGGUCACAGUUCCCGCUAUACGGCUAAACCAUUUCAUGCCGGGCCCUGGAACCGAUAAGAUGUGGGAAACGGUCCCUCUUAAAACCUGCAUUGAUAUGUUCACGAGGGAGGAAAACGUUGAACUCACCUGCUCAGGGUGCGGCAACAAGAAUUUCUCUAAGCGGUCGUUGUUCAAGACACUACCUCAGAACUUGGUGGUAAAUGCGCGACGUUGGGAGGUGGUCAAUUACGUACCUAUGAAACUCGACAUUCCAGUAGAGGUUGGCAAGGAGCCACUUGAUUUGACCCAAUAUCUCUCCCUUGGUAAACAGGACAAUGAAGAGCUGUUAGCAGACGAUGCCGAAAGUGAGCCUGAAUUUGUACCCAACUCCGAAGCAUAUGCGGCUCUGCUAGGCAUGGGCUUCCCUGAAAAUAGGGUAAAGAAAGCGCUGCAUAACACUGGCAACUCCGACCAGGAGGCUGCAUUGAAUUGGAUCCUCGCUCAUAUGGACGACCCCAGUAUUGACGAGCCCAUGGCUUCUACUACUCGCUCGGCGACAGGUGCUCCAAAGCCUUCCGACGGCGAUGAUAAAAUCAGCCAACUAGCCGACAUGGGCAUUCCGCAUGACAAGGCCGAGAAGGCUCUUGGAGCUACUGACUGGGAUGUCACUAGAGCCUUGGACUGGGUCUUUAGCCAUCCCGAUGAACCUGCUGCGCCAGAACCUAGUGCUGCUACUACGAGCUCGGCACCAUCAACCGCCGUUCCUGGGUCUAACCAAAAGCCUGCCUUGUUCGACCUCCAAUCAAUUGUCUGCCACAAGGGCACUUCUGUUCAUGCAGGUCAUUACGUCGCAUUCAUUCGAAAGCAUCUCCCUGCAGAGAGCGAGCCUAAGUGGAUUCUAUUCAACGACGAGAAAGUAGUUGCUGAAGCUGGCGACGUGGAAGAGAUGAAGCAGUUUGCAUAUAUUUAUAUUUUCCGUCGCGUGUAG